AGAAAAGAAAUGGAUCGCAGAACAGAGGAAGAAGAAGGAGAACAACAAAAUUUGGGAGAAGGAGUGCAUGACGAGAAGAGGAGAAAGCAGAAGAUAACAAUAAGGUUGGUUUAUGCUGAUGGAUCAAGUAGAUGGAAUUCGUCUUCUAGUUGUACUACUUUGUCUUACUGUUGUCAAGCAGAUGAAUGCCUAGCAGACUUGCAAGCUGCUAAGAGGUACAAUCGCCGUCACAAGGUUUGCGAGCGACAUGCUAAAGCUCCGGUUGUCUUAGUUUCUGGCACUCGGCAAAGAUUCUGCCAACAGUGUAGCAAAUUUCAUGAGCUAGCCCUGUUUGAUGACAACAAAAGGAGCUGCAGAGAAAGAUUGGCCAGUCACAAUGAGCGUAGAAGAAAAGCUCAAGCUCAUCAUGCAGACCUUCAACCCCAACCAGAGAGCGAUAUUAAUUAAGUUAGUACAAACUUUGUUUGGAAGGCAAAAAAAGAUGAUGAUGUUCAAACUAUUGAUAAUGAUACAUUUUUUAUAAGAAGUAAAAUGCCUUCUUUUGUAUGUUAAGAAUGAUGAAUGCCAGAAAAAAUAAA